GCUCGCGAGCUGUGUUAAAAAAAAAAAAAUUGCUGUGUAAUCUUGCUUUGGUCAGUGCUACUGAAGAGAAGCUAAAGAAAAAAGUAAAUUAAUAAAUAAAAAUGCCGGAUUAUUUAGGAGCCGAGCAGCGCAAAGUCAAAGAAGAGGAAAAAGAUGACGCGCCAAUUCGAGCUUUGGAUGAAGGAGACAUCGCUCUUCUCAAGACUUAUGGUCAGAGCACAUACUCUCGUCAGAUCAAGCAGGUAGAGGACGACAUCCAGCAGCUCCUCAAGAAGAUCAACGAGCUGACAGGCAUUAAGGAGUCUGAUACGGGCUUGGCUCCUCCUGCCCUAUGGGACCUGGCUGCUGAUAAACAGACGCUGCAGAGCGAACAGCCGCUACAGGUGGCCAGGUGCACGAAGAUUAUCAAUGCUGACUCUGAGGAUCCGAAGUACAUCAUUAACGUGAAGCAGUUUGCCAAGUUCGUGGUGGAUCUGAGCGAUCAAGUCGCCCCGACUGACAUCGAGGAGGGAAUGAGAGUCGGCGUCGACAGAAACAAGUACCAGAUCCACAUUCCACUUCCUCCUAAAAUCGACCCCACUGUGACCAUGAUGCAGGUUGAGGAGAAACCAGAUGUGACCUACAGUGAUGUUGGAGGAUGUAAAGAGCAGAUUGAGAAGCUCAGGGAAGUGGUGGAGACGCCACUGCUGCAUCCGGAGCGCUUCGUGAACCUGGGCAUCGAACCUCCUAAAGGCGUGCUGCUGUUUGGACCUCCAGGAACGGGGAAGACUCUGUGUGCUCGCGCCGUGGCCAAUCGCACGGACGCCUGCUUCAUCAGGGUCAUCGGCUCGGAGCUGGUCCAGAAAUAUGUGGGAGAGGGAGCUCGCAUGGUGCGGGAACUGUUUGAGAUGGCCAGGACCAAGAAGGCGUGUCUUAUCUUCUUUGAUGAAAUCGAUGCUAUUGGAGGAGCGCGCUUUGAUGACGGGGCUGGAGGAGAUAACGAGGUUCAGAGGACCAUGCUGGAGCUCAUCAACCAGCUGGACGGAUUCGACCCCAGAGGAAACAUCAAGGUCCUGAUGGCCACCAACCGACCUGACACUCUGGACCCGGCUCUCAUGAGACCCGGUCGUCUGGACCGAAAGAUCGAGUUCAGCCUGCCGGACCUGGAGGGCCGCACUCACAUCUUCAAGAUUCACGCUCGCUCCAUGAGUGUAGAGCGAGACAUCCGGUUCGAGCUGCUGGCACGCCUCUGUCCCAACAGCACAGGGGCGGAGAUCCGGAGCGUGUGCACAGAGGCGGGCAUGUUUGCCAUCAGAGCUCGCAGGAAAAUCGCCACAGAGAAAGAUUUCCUCGAAGCUGUGAAUAAAGUCAUUAAAUCCUAUGCCAAGUUCAGCGCUACACCCCGGUACAUGACCUACAACUGAACCUGCUCCCCCCUGCAGCUUUACAGAGGAAUAGUCAGGCCCGGUCAUCGUUUGAUUCUUUGCGUGUUAUAAUUAAUAAAAAUGUACCACACUUACUCCUGUGAUCCUGAGCAUUUAAAAAUAUGAAAAGGCACAAAGUUUCAGAUCUUAAAUUUCUUUUAUUCAACAAAAUAUCUCAAAAAGCUUCGGUUUUAAAUUUCUCUAACAGUGUUUCAUAUCCAGCUUCUCUCUCUCUCUCACACACACACACACACACACACUUUAAAAACAUUCAGCAGAAUAUUUUUACAUGUUCAAGAAACAAGUUGUGGAACUUCAGACCGAGGCUGUGGGUGAAGUCAACAGCAGCAUUUAGUUUAAUAUUCAGUCUCAAAGCCGUUCUCUGGAUUAUAAAUCAACACCAAAUACAAAACUGACACACGGUGAAGCGUCUUACUCCUACAUUUGAUCUUUCACAAUUUAUAGUUGAAAUACUAAACCUGUAACAGCUUCAUCACAAUGUCACCAGUAACACAAACCACCACUCACUGUAACCAUAGCAACACUCAUACCUGCUAAUUAAUUCAGUCCAGCUUUAUUAUUCCCAGUAACGCAGAUAAAUAAAGUGUUUCAGUCUGGUGUCGACCUCAUAUUCACACACUGGCACUUUACAGCAGGUUUGUUUUUCUCCAUUUGUCUGCAAACGUGUGAUCUGAUUGAUUGAUUGGUCGGGAUGUAAAUAAAUGCCUCUUGUCAAUGAAAA